CUGCCAGUGGCUUUUCCAAGGGUAUUCUGCCCGCCGCGAUCGCCUGCUGUCCCCUCUCACCACCGACACUCUAACUAUGGAGGAUGACAUUGCCUUCGGCGCGUCCGUAUGGGGCGCACCAGCCUCGCCUCUUCCCCCGCUCUCCGUGAAGCCCCCAGUCUUCGCAAUAUCACCCGCACAAUCGUCUACACAGGAAGACUUUGAUGAUUUCGACAACUUCCGAACCCCCGCGGAGACAGCUGCAGGGUCUGGAGAUGAGGGAGAGGACGAUGAUUUUGGGGACUUUGGAGACUUCGGGGAGACGCAGCAAUUACCCGUAACCGCCAGUUUCCAGACAUCCUUCGGAGAGCUGGCCUAUGAUGAGCCGCAGAGCAUUGGAGGGUCGUCAGUCGGCCGAGAGUGGCAGGCAUUACGACUGGAUCCGUUACCUUCGCGGGAGGAGUUGCAGGAGCAAGUGGAUGAGAUUCUUGGCCCCUUAUGGAUUCACGACGAUACAUCGCAUCUGACAGACGAUGCCAUCCGGGAAGUUGGCGGACUCAACCAGACACUGGUGACAAACGAGAGUCGUCAGCUAUAUAACGCCCUGUUACCCCCAACACCGCCCUCAUUCCAGCCUGUUAACUGGACCCGAUCCCGGAUACGACGGCAACACUUGAUCCAUUUGGGAAUCCCCAUAAACCUCGACGAGGUUCUCCCUCGCACUAAUGGCGCCCUCCCUACACUGGAGAUAACGACGCGUCCGAUGUCAGCUCCACCAGGCCCUCGAGGUGGUUUGAGCAAGCUGCAGACGGCAGCCCUUGGUCAGAGUCGGAGCGGGACUUCACAUCCAAAUUCCCCCUCAGCGAGUCGCGGUGCGUCUGCAGCGGCACAAUUGCGUCUGGGGCCUAGGCCCGAAAUUGAAGAGGCGAAGAUUGACGAGUUGAUUGGGCUAUCUGCUGAACAAAUGUCCCUAAUGUCUAUCUCCACUUUGGAGAAGAAUUUGGCGGAUAUCCGAGAGAACACUGUGAAGGCAUCCACAUUAUUGACGUAUCUCCUGCAGACCCGGGAUGCUUUGCAGCAGGAUUCGGAAACGUACAACAAGCUCAUCGGAGAGUUGGUCGGAGAGGCACAAAAGAUCAAGACUGGGAAACGGAUGACUGGAUCGGCCACCCGGCGUGGCAGCGGAGCAUAGUAUC